ACAUAUGUAUAUACAUGCACGUUUUUAUAGCUAUAAACUACAACUAUUCAAUAUUCUUAGAGACAUUGAACGCUCUUAGAUUUUUUUCUGAUAUUGCAGUACGCGAUAAGGGACCGCUGGCAACGGACGUUUAAAAAUAAUUCGUUAAUUAGUUAUUUCUAUAAAAACGUGCUUCCGCGUCAAUUAGAAUUAUGUGAUUAAAUUAGCAGAUUAAUUUAGCAUACAAUUAUUUAGUGUAAUAAAAGAAAGAAAUGUAAUUUCAAAUUCAUUAAUGACAUUUGCCUUAUGACUGAAUUUCACAACAUCAGCUGUUUCAUUACCCAGUGUGCUCAUUGUUUACAAACGCUGAUUAGCAUUUUAGUUUGCAGUAAAACAUUAUUGAUAUAAUUCAAUAUUUAAAAUGCGUAUUUAAAGACAUUAGACAGCAGUCCAUGAAGCACAACGAAACGUGACAGUCGCAGUUAAAGCAUAACAUUUAAAUAAAGAACUCAGCAAAGCGUCUUCGAAGCAAUCGCACGAUGAUUUGGGAGCUGAUGCUGCUGGCAGCGGCAGUUUUCUGCCUCGCCUUACACUACCAACAUGAGCGCACGCGUAAUCAGGCCUUCUACAAGCGCAUACCACCCGUCUCUAAUAUACCGUUCGUGGGUUGCAUGCUCGUGUUGGCGCGCUUUCAGCCAGAUAAUUUACAUUUGAAGUUUCAAGAGUUCGUCUCGCGCUUCGGCAAAAGUUUCUGCGCGCUACUGCUACGCGAUCUAAUGGUUGUAACCGCCGACCCGCGUUAUGUCGAAGAGCUACUUAGCAGUCAAAAGCAUAUACAAAAGAAUCAACUUUAUUGGCUGCUGCGCGACUGGUUGGGCGAAGGUUUGCUGCUCAGUUACGAUCGCAAAUGGCAGAUGAUGCGCAAAAUUAUCACGCCCACCUUCCAUUUCAAAAUACUCGAGCAGUUUGUGGACGUUUUCGAGCGACAAAGUCGUGUCUUGGUGCAGAAAUUGUCAACGCUCGCGGAUGGCGCAACCACUGUGGACAUAUAUCCACAUGUGGGACUUAUGACGUUGGAUGUGAUAGCAGAAACCGCAAUGGGCGUAUGUGUGCAUGCGCAACAGGACUCCAAAUCGGAUUUUGUGCAAGCCGUGAAUGACGUCACGAAUAUUGUUGCCACACGCUUUAUACGUCCGAUCUUAGCCUUUCCGCGCUUAUUUAAGCUGCUGCGGCCACAACAGUAUGAAAAGCAAAUGGAGGGCAUUAGAAUCAUGCAUCGCUUUACCGAGCAAAUUAUUGAAGAACGCCGCACAGCGUUGCAAAACAAAUACAAUGCGAGCACGGAAAGUGCAAUGAGCGCCGAAAUGUUAGAUAUCGGCUUAAAACCACGUAUGGCACUACUGGAUGUACUCCUCCAAUCUACCACUACCGAUGGGCAACCGCUAACCGAUGCGCAAAUACGCGAUGAGGUUAAUACGUUCAUGUUUGAGGGACACGACACCACCACAUCAGCCAUCUCUUUCUCACUCUAUUUACUGUCACGCCACCCGGAUUGUCAACGUAUACUCUUUGAAGAGAUACGCAACCACUUCGGCACUGAUACGAACCGACCGAUCAAGUAUGCGGAUGUGCAGCAUCUAACAUAUUUGAAUUGUGUAAUUAAGGAAACAUUGCGCCUUUACCCACCCAUACCGGUAAUUGGACGCUGGUUAAAGGAGGAGUUGGUCUUGCCUGACGUAACGCUACCACCGCGCACCAAUGUGCUCAUAUUACUCUGGCAGAUCUUACGUGACCCCGAUGUUUACACGGAGCCGGAACGUUUUUGGCCUGAACGUCAUUUGGAAAAUAAUGAACGCGCCAAUGUCUUCAGUAAUAUACCCUUCAGCGCGGGCCCACGCAAUUGCAUCGGACAGAGGUUUGCCAUUUUUGAGAUGCGUACUGUCAUCGUGCAAGUCCUGCGUCACUACGAACUCUUGCCUUUCGGUGUACCGAUACAGCCAUCGAUCAAAAUUGUGUUACGUUCAAAAAGUGGGGUUAAUGUCGGACUCAAAACACGUGCUUAUGUUUAAGCGAAGUUACUGCAUAAGUUUUAAACAAUGUGAUGUGUGAAAAUGUAGCAAUAAAAUUGUGAUAUUUAGAGUACUAUCGA